AUGUUUGUUUGUGGUGUAAAUUUGGAAGCCUAUAAGCCUGAAUAUAAGGUGAUCUCAAAUGCUUCUUGCACUACCAAUUGCUUGGCACCAUUAGCCAAGGUUAUCCAUGAUGAAUUUGGUAUCAUUGAAGGGUUGAUGACUACAGUUCACUCUACAACUGCUACGCAAAAAGUUGUUGAUGAAACUGAUUAUGAGACGAUAAAGGCGUGCAUGAAGCGUGCUUCUCAAAACGAACUGAAAGGAAUUCUUGAUUACACCGAAGAUGAUGUUGUUUCAACUGAUUUUAUUGGUGAUACUCACUCUUGUAUUUUUGAUGCUAAAGCUG